GAAAAUGCAAUCCGCACAUCCGCACCCCCUAAGAUGUCUAUGUUCUGUAGGGGGUCCAUAUUAUUCACCACAAUCACUUGGGGUAACUUGUGACAUCUACCUUGAAACCACUAGAUAAUGUUGUUUGUUGUAGCUUUCGAGUUCCAAAUGGUGAGAAUGGUCAUGGUCGGUGUUGAUUUGAAGAACGUCUGGAACUCCUUGGAGGACCAGAGUCCCCAUCUGAGAUAGUGAUGAACCAAUGGACAGAGAGUAGCAAGCGGCCAACUGGAAGAUACUUCACAAACAUGAUCAGCGGCCCUCAACUAGUAUCAAUGUAGUUAUCAAUGUGUGGAAUAUCUCUAACCAAUAGUUGUGUCGUCUUGUUGCAGAUAUUUCUUGUUUUGUCCACACUCGACCUUGCCAGUCCACAUGCUUCUCACAAGACAGUCCUCUGGGCUCUGAGUCGUCGAUCUCGAGCCGUAGCACAUCCAGCUCGACGUCCAGCUGGCCGGAGCCGUAGCGUCGCGGCCGCGCGGGUGGAGCUGCACGUGAAGGGGCUUACGGGCACGCCAGUGCACGGAGGUGCAGGGCAGGGCUUCAGCGCGCGCUGGUGCUCUGGCGAUGAGCCGCAUCAUUUGGGUUCGAAGCGAAGUCUUUGAUCAUGGUGUCUUCAACACCUCCAUCCGUUGGUCCUCCUCAAAGGUCCUCACCUUUAUCACCACCUUGCAGAGUCAUAUGGCCACCACAACCUUGUCCAAGGAAGCCUGGUUGGAUUUGAGCGUGAGUAAAUGCAAACCGGCUUUGAGUGAGACGGAAGCCAGCACCUACUGGAGUGUCUUCAGCGUCCUACAGCAGAGCAUCUUGGGGGACCCAGGCGAUGUCAUGGAUAUCCGACUGAUUGGGAUCAUGCUCAUUUGCCAGAUCUUCAGCUCGACGAGGGCCAAGGAGGCUCAGGCCAAGAGCGAAGCCUGGAACGAACGAGCACCCGGAAGCCUUUCACCUCGGAGCUCUCCACGGGGAGGAGCCAAGACGUCCAGCUCCCAUGGUACUUCCGGGACUGGCAGAGGGGCAGAGUUAACCCAAGCCUUACAUGGCUUUGUGAAGCAACACUUGGGCGCUUGGUUGCAGAUCGUGAGCCUCUCUUUGCAGACCGAUCCUUCUGUGAUCACCUCAGAAGAGUUUGAUAUUCUAGGGCUAGUUCUUUGUGGUGGGACGUCAAAGACUCAGCCCUUGUGGAAGUUGUCAGAUGCUUUGCCAGACUUAGCCUCUAAAUCCUCCAUGGCCGCAGCAGACUUGCGAAAAGCUGUGGGAAAGCUGCUGUCUUGGAAUGAAGACAUUUACACCAUCGACGUGGCAAAAGAUGGAUUGGAGCCACGUGCGAAGACCUUGAAUCUCAGCAAUGUGCUGAAAGGCAUUUGGUUCCAUAGGCCACAUAAUGCGGAGAUCGAAUACCUCAAUAUCUCUGACUGCAAAGACAGUACGAUCUAUGUGACGGCGAGAAUCCGCUUUUGCCUGAUCACCGGAUGCGAGAACACCACCAUCAUCCUUGGUGGAGUCUCAACCAUUUGUACUACUCACAAUUGUGAGAAGGUCUCUAUUCAUGUUGCAGCGCACUGCUACAAGAUGGAGAAUUGUAUUGAUACCUCUGCAUUCCUAUAUUGCCAUCUUCCACCCAUCAUUACUGGAGACACUCGAGGAAUUAAGUUGGCACCUUACAAUGUGCUUCAUUCACACAUGGCUUCCGUGCUGCAUGGUUCUCAAAUGACCUUGGAUCGGGAGUUUGUGGAUAUAUGGGCACAUCCCAUUUGCUGCACAGCCGGAAUGGCGGGGGAGACUCUGACGCGGACCACGCGCGAGGCGUUGUUCGAGGAGCAAAAUACCACCUACCAUUUCGUGCACCCCAGCAAGUUCUUUCCCGUGGUGGUGCCUGAAACAGGGCCUCGUGGUGUGGCGCCUCAACUGGUGCUGCCGGAGGUCUAUGACAAAGCCAUGAAGGAAAGACAAGAAGAGAUCCGAGAAUUAAUGAGUCAAAUGAGGAAUUUGUCCAGUGAGAGCGCACAAAGGAAGGCACAGGACAGACUCCAGAGCUGCUUCAAAGAUUGGUUGCAGUCCACUGGAAAAGUUCGACAACUGUCCGACCUCGCCAAGUUUGCCGCCCAGUUCCAGCAGAGGCUGUGACAGAUGAAACAUGAAUCAAUCAGACCAAUGACCCACCAUUCCCCGAAGGGAAGAACAGAAAACUCUGACCAGACGCUGUCGGAAAAGAG